AAGAAAGAGAUUCUCUUUCCUUUCCUUUCAAUUUUUAACAAAUGGUGUAAUUUCCUAUUCAAGAGGUUAAACACUUUCCAAAAUAAGAGUGGAAAGAUCUCAUAAAUCUAUAAAUAUAUAUACCACCCAACAUCUCAAAACCCUAAACCCUAUUAAUUCUCCCUUUCAAGCUUCUUAAUCUCUAUAUAUCCACCAUGGAUGCAACGGAUUCGAACCAGCAGCUGCAGCAGCAGGAGACACGCAGGACUAGCAAAGGUCGUCAAAAGAUUGAGAUAAAGAAAGUAGAGAAAGAAAGCAAUCGUUAUGUCACGUUUUCAAAACGUAAAAACGGGCUGUUCAAGAAAGCAACAGAACUUUCUACCUUGUGCGGGGCUGAAACAGCAGUCAUUGUCUUCUCUGAACAUCGAAAGCUAUUCUCUUGUGGCCAGCCAGACGUUGAUAAGGUUCUUGAUCGCUAUCUUGCUGAAACAGAAAAGGUCCCUAGCAACUUCCCGCCAGUCACCAACAACAAUACAGAGAGCCAGUUGGCUAAUAAACAAGAAUAUGCAAGAUCUUUGAAGCGAUUGGAAGAGGAGCAAACGGUUGCAAAGAUGAUUGGGAACAUGAACGACAUGAAUGAGGGUGGCUUUUGGUGGGAUCUACCCAUUGAUAACAUGAAGCAGGAUGAGCUUGAAGCAUACAAAGAAUCAAUGGAACAAUUGAAGAAGAAUGUGAUAACCCGACUUGGCUUGAUUGAAGCUAAUAAUGCUCCUAGUGAGUCAAGGAUUGUCAAUCCCUUCAUUAAUCUGAAGGAAAUACCUUCUUUUAGCUUUAAUAGUAAUCAAUUUCAAUAAUGGCUUCAUGUUUAGUUUGAUUUUAUUUACUUUUGCUUUCAAUUUAUUGAUCUUUUGAUUCCUGGCAAAA